CCCACGAAUUCCCCACCCACCUGCACCCCACCUCGCUCCCCCAACGUCGGCAGCCGGAGCGCAAUGGCGGAACCCAACUCGUACGAGGAGCAGCGCAGGAGGCAGGUGGAGGAGAACAAGCGGAAGCUGGACGAGCUGCGCCUGCACCGCCUCUCCACCGCCGUCCGCGAGGCCGCCGUCAAGCCCGUGCCGACCGAGGAGCCGAAGCUGCGGUAUCUUCGCCCGCCGCCGCCCCCGACCCGGCGGUCCGGCCGCGUCGCCGGUCUCCCCAAGCAACCUGAUUAUCGCUACUCCGUGGAUAAUACCCGAAGGGAAUUACCGCCUGCUCCAGUGUACGCGACCAAUGAAGCUAGCACCUACGCCUUCACCAAGGCCAAAGAGCUCAAGAACCAGCUGUGCUCCGACCAACCCUCCUUCAUCAAGCCCAUUUCUAACUACUCUGAUGCACGUGGUCCUUUGGGCAUCCCGUUGCAAUUCAGAGAGAUGUAUCUCCCGUGGUGUGAUGAGACCAUCUCUCUGAUCGAUCAAGAGGAUGUUGAGUUUGAGAUGACUUACCUUGCGAAACAUGGCGCCAUCUGCUCUGGGUGGAGCUUGUUCUCCAUCGGGCACAAGCUGGCUGAUGGUGAUUGCUUGGUGUUCCAGCUAGUUCAGAGGACAAAGUUCAAGGUAUACAUAAUUGGUGCAAGUUCCUACUAUGAACAGGACCACCAUUGAUGCCUUUAGCUUCAACUAUUGCGACCUCACAAGUGGAUGAUCAGGUCAAACAAAGGAUCCAUGGAGUGCAACAUAUUUUUUGAAGAAGUCAUUCCCUGACCCCUAAAGGUGCAGCAGCAGCUGGUAUCAACCUCUAGUAUUCACAUUUUCCCGGAGCAUGAUAAAAUGUCAUGUUGAAUGCAAUUUGUCUGACCUAAUAGACAGUAAAGUUAAGAUUGAGCUUUCUGAAAUUAGGGAUUCUUCCGCAUUUGCAUGGAGAUUGUUCGUUGCACCUGUUUGGUUGCACCAAGAUAUAUGGUGUAGCAAAUCUUCUUGCCCCCUUUA